AUGAAUGGAGAGAAGUGGACACUGUUAUUUGAUGGAGCGUCUAAUGCACUAGGACAUGGAAUUGGGGCAGUGUUGAUUACUCCCGAGAACCAAUUAAUCCCUUUCACCGCAAGGUUGGGUUUUAAUUGUACUAACAAUGUGGCAGAGCAUGAAGCAUGUGCAAUGGGGAUUCUAGCAGCUUUAGAGUUUAAAGCUAAGGUGUUAGAAGUUUAUGGAAACUCAGCAUUGGUUGUUCAUCAACUCAGAGAUGAGUGGGAAACUCGGGAUUCUAAAUUAAUUCCAUACCACUCAUACAUCAAAAAUUUGAUAGAACAGUUUGAAGAAAUAACUUUCCAUCACAUCCCUCGUGAGGAAAAUCAAUUGGCUGAUGCCCUAGCUACACUGUCUUCGAUGUUCAAGAUUAGCCAAGGGAAAGACGUUCCACUGAUAAGAAUACAAAAUAGAGGUCAACCCGCAUAUUGUAAAGCAAUAGAGGAAGAACCAGACGGCAAACCAUGGUUCUAUGACAUCAAGUGCUAUCUAAAAGACAGGGAGUACCCUCCCGGAGCUUCAGAAAAUGACAAGAAAACUUUAAGGAGAUUGGCAAUGAGUUUCUUCUUGGAUGGGGAAGUACUUUAUAAAAGAAAUCAUGACAUGGUAUUGCUCAGAUGUGUUGAUGCUAAAGAAGCUAUGGAAAUCAUGAUAAGAGAUCCAUGA